AUGGACAUGAAGCUGCGUAAAGGACAACCCAGAGUAGAUUUCAAGGUUUUAAGUGACAUACAUACGAGCACUCAAAGAAAGGAAUUACGAAAACUGACAACAUGGAAACCCAAAACAGAAAUUCAAAAAGAGCCAAGGCUGGAACUUGCAUCAGCUAAUGUUGGUCUAAGCAACAUCAUACACAUGGUUGACACAUGGGAAAGACCAGCAGAUGCCAGCGCAGAAGGCACCUAUGCUCGAAGUGGAGUAGAAAUAAUAAAACCUGAAAACAGACCAAUGCAUAGAAUUCCCAGGGCUAGAGUAUUUGCAGAAGCAGGAGUUGGGCAAGCUCGUGCUGAAUUCAGUGUAUUUGAGGCAGAGGCCAAAGGCCCCAAUGCCUGUGCUAGCGCUGAAGCCAGUGCAGUUGGAGCCAGAGCAAUGGCUCGAGCCGAAAUUGCCAGUGCAUCUGCUAUAGCCGGUCCAGUUGAUGUGACACUGGGACUUGGACUUGACACGGGCGCAUCUGUUGGUCUGGAUGGGGUGGAGGUAAAAUUUCUGGGAACUGGGUUCAAAUAUGGUCCAAAAACCAGUUUAUCUUUUCUGGGUUCAGAAGUGUCAUGUGCAGUCAUGUAG